ACAAAAAAUAAGAAAUGAGCGUAAAUUUCUUCCUCCAGAUUUUUGAUCGAGGACUUAAAAGAAUCAGAUGUAAGGAAUUUUUUAAAUUACAGUAUCAAACCUGAAAUAUGAUUUGUAUGCUGUAUACGGAGGCCGAAUACCGUUUGGCGUACGAACUGAUUCCGGCGCAUUGUUUGUCAAGGAACCACUGGAUUAUGAAAAGGAAAAUGUUUAUCAUAUGAAAUUAUUCGUAACGGAUGGUAAACACAAUGCAACGACGGAUUUGUAUGUUUACGUUGAUGAUGUGAACGACAAUGCACCGGUGUUCGAGAAAAAUCUGUAUGAGAUUACGAUUUCGGAAGAGGAUUACAAUGUUCCGAAAACACUGUUUAUCGUCAAAGCUACUGAUGCUGAUAAGGUUAGGAAGAUUUUUCGUAAUCCUCAAUCUCAUUUCUGGACUGUCCCUUCAAUGAAUCUUAAAUCAAAUUUCUUUUAUAAGGCACACUUCAUGAGGAACGGAGGCAUUCUGGUUUCUUCAAUGAUAGCACUUUGCCAAUAGCA